UUUUAAAAAAGUAUGCACAAAAACGUGAGGUUUGAUUAUGUCGUUAAAGGUAGUCUGAUCACUCGAGAUUGGGCAACAAAUCAGAAAAAAAAUCACUUGUCCAUUUGUCUGUAAAUUUUCCGCAAAAAUCUUCCUUUAUUUCCGGCCCUGCCGGAACUGGACGGAGGCCGCCGUAUCCAUGGUAACCAGAGUCACAAAGUCCUGCUGAGUUUUCGUUAGAAUCAUGUCUGCACAAAGUGAGUACAGUAAAUACGACCUGACACGAUUAAGGGCUGAACUGGACCAGGAGAGAGAAAUGAGAGAGAUGCUUGACGAGUCGGUGUCUGAUCUGAGGAGUACGAUGUGUGAACUGCAAGACAGACUGCACAGUGUCGAUGGAGAAGGCAGUGAGUGGAAGACACGGUACGAGACACAGGUGGAGCUGAAUGGACAGUUGGACAGACAGAUCUCACUCAUCAAUGAGAGACUGGGUGAUCUACGAGGGAAUCCCAUUGAUCGACUGGCCUCAAUCCGCUCCUAUGAUGACAUGCCAGUGGAAACUCUGCGGCAGCGUCUGAAACUUCUGAGUGAAGAAAAGUCUGACCUCCAGAAUCAGCUGAUGGACUGUCUCCACAGGACCGAGCAGGAGGGAAAGGCUUUUCAUAAAACCAAUGAUGAGAGACGAGCAUACCUCUCUGAAAUCGCCAAGCUGUCCUCCACACUAGAAGCUCACAGAAGACAUUUCUCCACCCAACCACAGAGGGCAGUAGAGAGACAACCGAGGAACAGCAGAUAUAGAGGGUGGCAGACUAGCAGCAACGUGGAGACUCACGUAAAGAGAGGCAGAGAAAGAGGAGAAGCUGCUGGACGAGGUGUCCAUGUGAAAGGAGGAGCAACAGAAAAGAGAAAUGAGGAGAAGUCACCCAAAGGGAGCAGGUUACCCUCCCUGAAACACUACAAUGAACACAGUCUCUAACUCCAAAGGUGUUAUGGCUGCUCUCGCCGGUCAAUUCUUUCCCCACCGGCUCCAUUUACUUCUUUUGAAAAUAGAUUUUUAUUUUCAAAUGAAAAUUUUUUUCAUCCGGGAGCCACAGAUGGGAUUUUAAUCCCAGGGUUAUUUUCCACUGCAUGACAAACACAGAGUUCUGCAUAACCAUUACAUUAAAAUUUCCAUUUUAAUCACUUCUUCCCUUGCAGCCGGCAAUGUUUGAUGGCAAGAAAAUUAAAGGCAGAAUUGAGGUCAAGUCUUAAUGAAGCAGCAGCGUCUUUCAUUUCACUGCCAUUCAUUUCUUCAAACCACCGCCUCCUCUCAACUUU